AGCAGUAUGCCCCUAUCCUUUAGUGUAGGGAGAACAGUUUCCGCAGAUUGACGUUCCGCAUUCUGUAUUGAAGAAAUAUGCGGUGUUUCAUACUGACUCUAGCCACUACCAUUUUCGUGAGUACGUCUGCUGAAAACCUGAAACAUCUGAUUGAAGCUUUGAAUACCACCCAAAGGAGUUACAUGAAAUACCGUAGUUAUGUAAUGUAUACUGAAGGGAAACCUCACAAAUGCUUGUACACAAAGAAAGAGAACUUGUCUACUGACGAAUACUGGUUUUUGCAGGAUUUUAUAGCUGGAGAUAUGGGAUAUCAGCAUCGCCUCCAUGCUAAGCUGGGUGAUGAUGGUCAUGAUCCUUAUAUGACAGUUGACAACAUACCAGCACCUCCGCGAUCGCCUUCGACUACACUAAGUAUCCAAUACAGGCUCAAACAUUGGAACAGCACAGCUAAAUGCGCUGUGUUCACCUUGUACCUCGGCCCGACAUUGCACUGUGAACAUCACAAGUGGAAAGACCAAAUUAAGAACCCACAGGAAAGCUGCGACUGGUGGUACCGCUACCUCUGCAAUGACACAAAGUACCAGGUUUAUUUUCCCGACUGUCCUUAAAAAUAUGUGCGUCGGGAUUGAUGCUGCAUGUUCUACAUAGCCGACCGAAGAUAACGUGAUGAUUCUUCAUUGCUUUGUAGCUCAAUUUGAAA